UGAGAUGUCUUUCUGACAGCAGUCUGCUCACAUUGACUUGCUACACUGCUAGCACUCUAAUACACUAUAUUCAACAAUGACUUCCUACACAGACAAAGGAGAAAAGCAUGAACAAGGACGAUUUCUAAACUUUCAUUCUGUAACACUGUGGGUCAGUAAUGCAAAACAGGCUGCCUCAUUUUAUUGCAAUAAAAUGGGAUUUGAACCCUGGGCAUACAAAGGUCUGGAGACGGGUUCUCGUGAAUUGGUAUCUCAUGUUGUAAAGCAAGACAAGAUAAUUUUUGUUUUCGUAUCUGCUCUUACACCGGGUAACAAAGAAUUUGGAGCUCACUUAGAGAAACAUGGUGAUGGUGUCAAAGAUGUAACUUUUGAAGUAGUGGACUGUGACUUCCUUGUUCAGAAAGCAAGGGAAAGAGGAGCAGUGAUUGUAAAGGAGCCUUGGAUUGAAGAAGACAAAAAUGGAAAAGUGAAAUUUGCGAUCGUUCAAACGUAUGGUGACACAACACAUACUUUAGUGGAAAAACUGGAUUAUACUGGCUUUUUUCUGCCUGGCUUUGAACCUCCCCUGUUUCGAGAUCCACUUCUACCAAAACUACCAUGUUGCAAAUUGAAUUUCAUAGACCAUAUUGUGGGCAAUCAACCAGAUGGUGAAAUGGUUCCAGUCUGUGACUGGUACCAGAAAUCCCUUUUAUUUCAUCGGUUCUGGUCUGUGGAUGACAAGCAGCUUCACACAGAAUUCAGUGCCCUCCGCUCUAUUGUGGUUGCCAAUUAUGAAGAGACUAUCAGAAUGCCAAUAAAUGAGCCUGCAUCAGGGAAAAGAAAGUCCCAAAUUCAGGAAUACGUUGAAUACUAUGGUGGACCAGGAGUUCAACACAUUGCUCUAAAUACUUCUAACAUUAUUGAAGCGAUUAUCAAUUUAAAAGAACGAGGUAUGGAGUUCAUGUCGGUCCCCUCCACUUACUACCAGACACUAAGAGAAAACCUCAAAACAGCCAGCAUCCAAGUGACAGAAAACAUUGACAAGCUGGAGGAGCUAAAGAUUUUGGUAGAUUAUGAUGAGAAGGGAUAUUUGCUCCAGAUUUUCACAAAACCAGUUCAGGACAGACCAACUUUGUUUCUAGAAGUCAUCCAGAGACAUAAUCACCAGGGCUUCGGAGCUGGGAAUUUUAAAUCACUGUUUCAAGCGAUUGAAAACGAUCAAGCUGCCCGAGGCAACCUCACUAUUUUGACACCAAAUGGAGACUUGGAAGUUCUCUAGAUAUGGAUGGCAAUUCAGAUACGAAUUUGAGAUUUACCAUUGGAGUCCUUACAUAGCCUUUUAAUUAGAUUUAACUGUUUAAUUACUCCUAAAUUCAUGCAAACACUUCUGUAAAUACCAGAGUGCCCUGUGAUUGUACACUGUACACCAUGGCAUUCAGAUUGUAAUAUUCAUUAAAAUAAAGAAUAUAAAUAUAAGAAAUAUACUUAUUUUAGCAACAGAACAUUGUCCUAGGACAUUAGUUACUACAAUAACAUUUCUUUAAUUGGGUGUUUAGUAUAUCUUUUAGAUAUACAUGCUCUACAGCACAACCUGGUAGAUUCAUUUUACAAUAAAAUAUGUUGUUGUUUUUUUGUCAGAUUGUGAAGCAUACUAAUUCUUUAGUUGACGCAUCACAGACAGAUUUCUUCCAGUAAGGCAGCAGUGCAUUGAGACCGAAAUAUGCUAUAAGUCAGAAUUAUGGUCUUGGCAGCAUUAUAGGAUAAUAUAUAAAAUGAAGCAACGCCAGUAACACAUUCAUAUUAUAAACUAUUGCUAAUGCAUGCAGAAAACCUUAAAUACUGUCCAUUACUAAAUUUAGUUAGACUGUAUAACGUUUCAUCAGAUUUUGUAAAAAAAAAUAUACCGGUAUAUAUAAAUCACUGAAUGGAAAGCAGAGCAUCAACAAAAGUGCUGCUUUUAUGUACGUGUAUACAGUGCCUUUUAAAAAUAACUAUGCCUAAACGUAAAUACGUAAAUUCUUUCAGUGCUUAUUCAAAAAGAGCCUCUUUAUUCCGGUGGUAAAAAAAAAAAAAAAAAGAGACCACAUAGCAAUAUAUACAGGAAUACUACAGGGGACAAGAUAUGCAGAGGCAUGACAACGGUUACUUAAAGGACGACUGUCACUUGAAUUUUUUUUUAAAUAUAAUCCUUUCUUUAAGUUUUGA